AUGACGGCCCCUAUUAUCGCGGCGUUCUUAUGGCUGGCCACGGUGAAAGCGGCAGAUCGGCCGAGGAGCCUGCUCGACCAGAAUGCUGCUGCGCUUUCACCACUACGGGCAGAGGUCCGUGAUGCCAUUCCGACCCAUGUCAUUCCGAUGCGAGAACACAAGCUGGCUCCUUCUACUACCAACCUAGCCUUACAGCGCCGAGCCAACUUUCCUGCCCGCUUGAAGAACAUCUAUGAUGUUUACUACAGCAUCGACCUUGUCGUCGGCAACCAAACUAUCCCAGUCAGCGUCGACACGGGCUCUAGCGACACCUGGAUGGUGCAGGAGCCAUAUGAGUGCGUCUCCUUCUGGUGGGACGAGGCUGGUAAAGAAACCUGCGGCCUCGGAUCUGGGUUUAAGGGGAAUCUAUCGGGAGGCAUCAUCCCCAACCUCCCACCCUUUGUCCGUUCCUACGUCGACGGUACGUUUGUCAGUGGCGUGUACGGGCGGGAGGACGUCAGCAUUGGCGGAAUUACGGCGCACAGCCAGCGGCUUGCGCUCGUCAACUACACCUACUGGCACGGCGAUGGCCAAACCUCGGGUCUUUUGGGUUUGGCAUACCCAUACUUGACCAGCCUGGACGGACCCGAUCAGAACCAGCCUCCGUAUGAUCCGGUGUUCACGACCAUGUGGAAGAGCGGCGCCAUUGAUCCCGUCUUCAGCAUCGCCCUGUCGAGGCAUGAGGAUCAGGGCAACAACAACAACACUGGUGCGGAUCCCGGCACGUCUUCUAAGCAAGAGUCCUAUCUCGCUCUGGGAGGAUUGCCGCCGGUGGACGUGGACGAGACGACGUGGGCGAGGACAGAGAUACACGGCAUGAGGGCUAUCCCGCAGUGGGGCUUUGAGACGGACGAACGGGGGAUGUACAUUGUCAAGCCGGACGCGUUCGUUCUGCAAAGGGGCGGAAAUGGAACGGAUGCCGGGGAGGAAUUGGUCAGGAACACCACACAGGUCCCAGUCUUGGUCGACGUUGGGGCAACGCUGAGUUACCUACCCAAGGGCCUGGUCAACCAAAUCUACGCCGCCUUUGAUCCGCCGGCCAAGUACAUAAGCACAGGCGGGCUCUUCUACGCCCGCUGCAACGCCACAGUACCGAGAUUUGGCGUCCAGUUUGGGAAUUCCACCUUCUAUAUAACCUCGGAGGACUUGCUGCGGCAAACGGCGCGUGAUCCGACAGGCGAGUGGUGCCGCAUUGGAGUGACAGACACGGACACGCCGCCGCACGUGCUGGGGGUCAGUUUCUUGACCAAUGUCGUGGCUGUGUUUGACGUUGGGAAGUCGGAAAUGAGGUUUGCGGCAAGAAAGAGGUAUUAG